ACGAACGGCUAAUUCAGCCGUCAUGAACUGGGUAUAAAAGGGAAACCAUAAAACGUGUAUGUCACAGAAAAAAUGAUUUCCAACAUGCGAGUUUACAUUGGGGUUCUGCUUGUGGCAACACUUCUUAGUUCUGGCUAUUGCCAGUUUGAUGCAAUGAUGAAGAACCCAGCAUUGAUGAUGGCAAUGAUGAAAGGUAUGGGAGGUGGUGGAGGAAUGCCCGCAAUGGAUAUGAGUGCGGCACCUAUCAUGGACCCAAAAAUGUUCCAAAUGGCUAAACUCGCAUCAAUGAUGGGACCUCAAACCAUGGCUGGAAAAGGACAAUCCGCAACACCAACUUUGAAAAUGAAAAAACCAGCACCAGAACCACAAUCAUCAGGCAUUGAUCCAAUGCUAAUGAUGAUGAUGAUGAAGCAAAAUGGCAUGAAAAUGAACCCACUUAUGAUGAGCUUAUUAAUGACACCACCAUCACCAAACCCAGCAGCUCCAGAAACUGCUUCAUCAGGAAUCGAUCCCGCAACAAUGUACAUGCUUAUGCAGAGUGGCAUGAUGGGUUAAAAGACCGGAAGAGCUAAUUUUCUUACAACGCAAUGAUGAAGAAACUAUUAUUAGUGUCACAUGACUAUGAGAAUGUGCUGACCGUUUGCUGUCCUCUCUGUUACUGUUAUUUUACAGUGUUAUUAAAUCCAAAAUGAAAAGUUUUAUUUGUGAUAGAUAUUCAUUUUAUAUUAAAAUAUAAAUUUACAAA